AUGGGCAAGGGCGGCAAGGGCCAGCCGGCGCACUCGCGGGCCUUCUCGGCCCACGCGACGGGUGCGUCCUGGUUCAGUCCGCGCAGCGGCCUGCUGGACCUCGCCGGCUUCCAGUCGGCCAUCAACAGCCACUGGCUUUCGAACAGGGGUCAGAAUGGCUUGGACUGCCCCGGCAUGCGGGAGGCGCUCUUGGAGAUCAACAAGGGCGGCAACUUCGGCGGGAGUGGGGAGGCCCCCUUCAUCGGCGACGUGGGCAUGGGCAUGCUCGACGGGCGCGGCGUGUCACCGGAGCAGGCCGCGGCGAUCUUCCGCGUCUACGACACGGCUCAAAGCGGCCAGCUCACCUACGAGCAGUUCGCGAACGUCUUCCGCCUCAUGAGCGCGCCGGAGCGGACCGACGAGCUGCGGCUCCUCGAGCGCAAGGUGUUCCUCGAGAAAAUGGUGCCGAACCUCGGCGCGACGCUCGGCACGGGCGCGAGCGUCGCGCCCCACGGCGCGAACCCGCUCGCGCCCAAGUUCGCCGCGGAGCCCACGCAUUUCGCGCUCGAGAACCCGGGCUUCAACGCCGUCUGCUGCGCCACCUGCGUGUCGGAGGUGCCCCUCUUCUGCUUCGGCUUGCCGCCGCCGAUGGUCUGCUUCUGGCCCCACGGCAUCAUCUUCUUCGGCUCGCCCUGCGCCAUGGCCGCGAAGCUGUGCUGGGCGCCCCGCGCCAACGCCGCGACGACCGUGCGGCUCACGCCCAACGCCGUGGUUUCUGUGACGGAGCCCUACGCCGGGUGGUCCGCGUGCAUGGGCCCGCCGAUCGUCGCGCCCUGCAACUGCUGCCUCGUCUGCAUGGGCGGCGACCCCAUGUGCACGGCCUACAAGAACGACCGCCAGGUCGUCGACGUCGUGCCCCUCGAGUUCGUCGACGCCGUGGACGUGCUGCGGCCCGUCUACCCGGGCGGCCUCGAGCGCCUCGUCGUCUCGGCCUACGGCGGGUCGCAUAUGAUCGCCAAGGACGGCGCGACGAACGCCAAGGCCUUCGCGGACGCCGUCAUGCAGCAGAAGGCGAGCGCCGCGCGGCUCGACUUCAACGAGCGCGCGGCGCUGCAGAACUUCCUCGCGUCGUCCUGGUUCCGCCUCGACCUCCUCCGCCACGGCCGGUCCGCGGACCUCGGCGAGGGGCGCGUCGUCGGCGACGUCGGCGCGCCCAUGCAGCAGAUGAUGAUGGCCCGCGGCGGGCCCACGGCGCCGGGCUUCCAGCCCGUCGCGGCCGUCACGGCCGUCCAUCCCGCGCCCGCGAUGAUCUCCGUCGCCGUGCCGGAGGGCGCGGUCGCGGGCACGGUCAUCCAGGUCCAGGCGCCGUCGGGCGCCAUCCAGGUCGCCGUGCCCGAGGGCGUCAAGCCGGGCCAGGUCAUCCAGGUCGCCGUCUGA